CUGAAUGAUUUGACAGAUCACUGUAAUUUUUUAAAUUGGCAAUCAUGAAUGCCAAUGACUUUGUGAUACUCCCUGGUUCAAAAGCAGGAAUGUCUGUAAAACUGAAGGCAAAAAGUGUGCGAGAGUUGCAGUUGGAGAAGGUUCAACUGGAACUUGACAAUAAAGAAAUGGAAAGGAAAUUGCAGCAGCUUCAGUCAAACAUGAGCAGAGAGAAGCUCGAGAGAGAACAAGCAAAUGGAUAUCAUUGGAAAUCUGGCCAGGCUGGCCUGGGCCUGCAGCCCCAGUUGCCACAAAACAAAGAGAACACUGCAAAGAUUUCUUCAGGCAAGGUGAAGCUGAGAGUACUCAAAGAGCAAGCGCAAGAGCCGUCUAAACAGUUAGUUGCACCUAGAGUUGCAAGCGCUGCAACCAUGGAAAAGCCGAAAGUGAAGGGAAAGCCAUGUGGUCAGUGUGAGACAAAGACUGCUUUGCUGGUGUGUUUAGAUUGUGGAGAAGUUUAUUGUCCUAGCUGCUUUGCCAGAGUCCAUCAGAAGGGGGCACUGAAGCGCCAUAGAACAACUUGCUUGCAGGCAAAACCACAUGUUCCCAUGGGGAAACUGCAGGCCGCUCAGCUGUUCCUGAAAGAAAUCUAUCCUGAUGAAUCUAACGGCAAGAUAAAUUAUGAACAGAAGAAAGAAGUUAAUGUCUCAGAGGAUCCACUAGACAUUUCUUCACCUUUACCAGAAAUGCCAACAGACGAUAUAGAGGUGGUUUCUACAGUACCAACAGGAGAUAUGUCCAAGUGCCAGUCUGGUGGGUGUUUACUUGAUGGUACCUUUAAUGAAGAAGAGUCUGCAAAGCAUUUCCAGGAAGCACUAAAUCAGUGGAGAAGUGGGAAUUCCCCUCGGAAGCCUGUGGAAGAACGCGGCUGUCAGUCUGGGUCAGAAAACACGGAAACCUGUGAGGCGCAGACGAGUCCUCCAGUUACGAGGAAAACUAUGGAAUUUCAAUUCAGAGAGGAUAGCUUGAAAUAUAUGGAAAAAUUAUGGCUUAAGAAGUAUAAAAGAAAUCCACUUGAUAUGUUGCCGGAUUUUCUAGAAGAGGAACUUAAGCCUACCAAAUCCCCAAUAAAUGAAGCUAAUGAUACUUGCAUUAGAGAAGAAGAAGAAGAAGAGGAUGAAGAAGUUGCAAAUGCUCAUUUAGCAGCUGAAGAGAUGAAAAAAUACUGGCCAGAUGUUAGGAAAGAAGAGCCAGAGGCAGUUCCUGUAAACCUUGAGUCUUCUCUGAAAAUUGAGAUCCUUGAAGAUGCUUGCAAGGAAGAGCCAAAAGAAUUUGCCUACUUUGUGGUUAUGGAAGAUGGAUCUGAAGAGUUUGAUGACUACAGUUGUACCAUGUCGGAAAAUCACAAAACUGAACCAGACAUUUUUCUGGCACAAGCUGUCGGCAUUUCCAUAAGGUCACCUCUUUCUUCUUCAGUUGACAAAGAAAAUGAUUUAACUUUUCUUCGUAAUAAACAUAAAGAAACUCCUAGAGCAAGCUCACCUGCACAGUUGGAAAGAACAGAUGCUCUUUGUGAUCCUUCCGGUACAGAAGAAGUUUCCAACAUUCCUUAUGAAAGAGCAACAACAAAAGAAGAACCCGGCUUGUUGCAAGAAGUGGCCCUAAAGGAGAAACCCGUUUGUGCCCCAUAUCGAGGACUUGAGGGAUUCUUUGCAACAAGUACAGGCUCUCAGGAAGUCAUGGCGGGCUUGUUUCCUUCACCAAGCACAGGCAGACAAUCUGCAAGCACUGGUGUUUCAUUUUCAGGGUCCAACCAAUGGAUAAGGGACUUCAGCUUUAGUGAGCAUGCAGAUGAAGCCGUAGUGCAGGAUGUCCUGAACCGUGAGCUCGGCAGACCGUCGAGUAGAUUGGGACGACAGAGCCCGAGUACCAGAGCUGCCCUUUCAGUCUCACCCGGUGAAAAGCUUACUCGGAGGCCAUUUUCAGCUAACAAACCCUGCUGCAGAACUGCAGCUGAGGACGGUCCUCGCCCUUCUUCAGCCUUUCAGAGACGACCCCAAAGUUCUCCUCGGGCACCUUUGUCCCGAGCUGCUUCUGAAAUUUCAGAAAUCGAAGGCGUUGAUGUCACCGAAAGCGAUGAUCCUUUCUUGGAAGAUAGCAUCGACCGACAAGCUUUAGCAGAUUUAGAAAGCGAAUGGCAAAUGAAUGCAGAUCUUCAGGAAAAACUCAGUGGCGUCUUGUCUGAUUCAUCUGCUUUCAACAGACAUUCAAAGGAGACAAGUCACGACUGUACAGCCUUUCAGAAUAGCCAUGAAAUAAAAGAGUACAGUAAAAGUGAUAAUAUAAGAGUAUAUGAUAGUCAUACAGAUGAUGAAGAAGACCUUUGGGAGGACAAGCAGCAGGUGAUGGAGCUACGUUGA